GUACCUGCAUGAGUAGCACCUCAUACACCUCCGCUCAAUGUCGGUCGUACUUUUUUCGCCAGCUUUAAGUUUUUUACAUUCUUUCGUGCUUUCGUCAUCAACUCCAAUUCUUAGCACUCGCCACGAUUCGACGCAACGCAGGGAUGGUGAUGAGUUUUGGGCAAACGGUAUCCCAGCUGGGAUAUCUGCUACACCCUGCCUUGUAUGGCAGCUUCUAGGAGGAAGGGAUAAUUAUUUAUGUGCUUUUGGAAUUCGUCAGAAAACCACAGCGCGUGACGAAGAUGUGGUAUAAACCCCCGCAAAUGCCUUCUUCAAGCGCAAGUUAAUUCAAAUAAGUGGACGUGACAGAAUCGGCGAUUUUCUCCCCGCUGGUGGAAAACGCGGACCGUAGGCGAGCCCUCCUGAUAUUCAAGCUUAUCUGCUGGUCCCGUUUUUUCUCGUCAACCAAUUGCACAAUA